CCCAAAAAGAUAUUUUUGAGAUAUGAGAAAGCAUAAAACUAUCCAACAAUGCUAAAAAGAAGAAGCUUAUCUACUCUGUUUCCCCUUUAUCCCUCUGUUUCAUUCUUCACUCUGUUCUUCCAUGGCUUCCUCACACCUCCAUUUUCUCUCUACUCCAAAUCCCAUUCUUCUUCUCCCCCAAUCUCAUCCCUCUUUCACAACCCCAUUACAAAUUACAUCAAAACGAGACCUCUCAAUCAAAUACAACUCACAAGAUUCCGAAUCCGACCCCAAUUUCCCAUCCCCAGAUCCUAACUUCAGCGCUCUUAACCAACCAGAAACCUUCCCAAUAGAGAAACGAAGAAGAUCCGAAAUACUCCGGCAAAGAAAACCCACAACAGAAAUCGCAAAGCCGGAGCCACCCAACUUCGAAAUCGGAUGGAAAAGAACGAAAGAGAUCAAUCUUGAGAAGCCGAUCGGGUGGAUGAUAAUGGAUUUUCUGGAAAAGUUAGAAGGGUUAAUGGAGAGGGAAUUUGGGUCGACGGAGUUGCUAGCGAAAGUGGGAGAGAUUGUGGCGGAAAGGGCGAGAGAGGAGGCGGAGAUUUUGCGAGACGACGGCAAAGUGGAGGAGAGAAUGGUAACAGAGCUUUUUAGGGUUUUGAAAUUGAUGGAAAUGGAUUUGGCUAUGGUGAAGGCGGCCGUGAAGGAUGAGACAUUGAGCGAACGCCUUGGUCAGGCUAAAGCAAGGUGUAGACAAGCUAUACUUGUUGCUAAUUCUUUUUGAGUUAUAUAACAAAUUGUUGAGGCAAUUCAUUUCUCUUUGUAAAGUGUAUCAAUCCAUUUUCGCCCUAAUUCAAAUUUAGUUUAGAUUGUGCUUUGUGCCUAA